AUGCACAAUUUGCUAGAGAUGCACAAUUUGCUAGAGAAGUUGGGUAUAGAAAUUGUUCGUGUAGAGUCCAUAGGUAAUCCUGGAAAAUGUCGAUUUCUCAACAACGCCGAGGAAAUUCUAGACGUAUUUACCGAUAAAACCGCGGAGUAUCUGGUUGAACUCACAAUGAAGUGUAGUAAGCUUGAGAAGUUGUGGGAAGGAGCUCAGCCACUUGGGAGUCUCAAGAGGAUGAUUAUGGAUGGUUCCAAAUGUUUAAAUGAAAUUCCAGAUCUUUCUUAUGCCAUAAACCUCGAGGAAAUAUAUCUUUUUGAAUGCACUUCUUUGGUGACACUUACUUCCUCGAUUCAGAAUGCCAUUAAACUGAGGAAGUUAGAUAUGAGGAGUUGCACAAAGCUAGAGAGUUUUCCAACUCAUCUCAACUUGGAAUCUCUCGAAUACCUCGAUCUCACUGGAUGCCAUAGUUUGAGAAAAUUCCCUGAAAAAAGUAGAAGAUUGUUUCUGGAACAUGGAAUGAAGAUUGAAGUAGAAGAUUGUUUCUGGAACAAGAAUCUCCCUCCACUGGAUUAUCUCGACUGCCUUAUGAGAUGUAUGCCUUGUGAAUUUCGCCCAAAAUAUCUCGUUCGUCUUAUAGUGAGAGGCAACAAAAUGCUGGAGAAGCUAUGGGAAGGCGUCCAGGUUUAA